AUGCUGCAGCCGGAUCCAGCAGGCAUGCUCACCUUCUUCCUAGUGUCUGGUGGCUCCAUCUGGCUGUUUAUGGAAUUUGCCCUUUCAAUCUUUGAAAAGAUGCAAGCACAGGAAAUCCUGAGGAGCCUGCGACUGCCCGAGUUUGACGACUUCAGCCAGUUUUUCCACAGCUUGCCAGCUACCACCUUAGUUGGCAUUGGUGCCUUUGCAGCUGUGAUCGCAUACUGGUUUGCUAGCCGGCCAAAGGCUUUGAAGCCACCAUGUGACCUCUUGAUGCAGUCAGAAGAAGUUGAGGGCUGGGAAGGAGCUCGGCGGUCCGUGAUAGGUGACAGCACAGAAUUAUUAACUCACUACUAUGAUGAUGCAAGGACAAUGUAUGAAGUAUUUAGAAGGGGAUUUAACAUAUCUGAGAAUGGCCCCUGUCUAGGAUUCAGAAAGCCCAAGCAGCCUUACCAAUGGUUGUCGUAUAAAGAGGUCUCUGAAAGAGCAGAAGCUUUAGGAUCAGGGUUACUCCAACAGGGAUGUAAACCAUCAGCAAGUCAGUUUAUUGGGGUCUUUGCACAAAACCGUCCAGAGUGGAUCAUUUCUGAGCUGGCUUGUUAUACCUAUUCUAUGGUGGUGGUCCCCCUGUAUGACACAUUAGGCCAUGGAGCCAUUCGUUACAUUAUCAACACAGCUGAUAUUUCCACUGUAAUCUGUGACAAACCAGAAAAAGCCAGAAUCCUCCUGGAUCAUGUAGAGAAAAGAGAAACGCCAGGCUUAAAGUCUAUUAUUCUGAUGGACCCUUUUGAGAAGGACCUAAAGGAAAGAGGGAAAAGAUGUGGUGUUCACGUCCAAUCCAUGCAGGAAGUAGAGGCUUGUGGCCGUGAGAGUCAGCAUGUCCCUGUGCCUCCUCGACCAGAAGAUCUGUCGAUUGUCUGUUUUACUAGUGGCACUACAGGGAACCCCAAAGGUGCUAUGCUGACUCACAGAAAUGUGGUUGCUGAUUUUUCGGGCUUUCUGAAAGUGACAGAGAAAGUGAUCUUUCCGAGACAGGACGAUGUGCUCAUCUCCUUCCUGCCUCUGGCUCACAUGUUUGAAAGAGUUAUACAGUCUGUCGUAUAUUGCCAUGGGGGGCGAAUUGGAUUCUUUCAAGGAGAUAUCCGUCUCUUAUCAGAUGAUAUGAAAGCACUGCGUCCAACCAUUUUCCCUGUUGUACCACGAUUAUUAAAUAGAAUGUAUGAUAAGAUCUUUAGCCAAGCAGAUACUCCAUUGAAACGUUGGCUUCUGGAAUUUGCUGCAAAGCGUAAAAAGGCUGAAGUUCAAAGUGGAAUCAUUAGAAAUGACAGUUUGUGGGAUAAACUAUUUUUUAAUAAAAUCCAGGCAAGCCUUGGUGGGUGUGUUAGGAUGAUUGUAACAGGAGCUGCCCCUGCUUCUCCAACUGUUCUGGGGUUCCUUCGUGCAGCACUUGGAUGUCAGGUUUAUGAAGGUUACGGUCAAACAGAGUGCACAGCAGGAUGUACCUUUACCACUCCAGGUGACUGGACUUCAGGUCACGUAGGAGCCCCUCUGCCCUGCAAUUUAAUCAAACUGAUGGAUGUGGAAGAGAUGAAUUAUUUUGCUUCGAAAGGAGAAGGAGAGAUAUGUGUGAAAGGACCCAAUGUUUUCAAAGGUUAUCUAAAAGAUGGUGAGAAGACAGCUGAAGCUCUGGAUAAAGAAGGAUGGCUUCAUACUGGAGACAUUGGGAAAUGGUUACCUACUGGGACACUUAAAAUUAUUGAUCGGAAAAAGCAUAUAUUUAAACUUGCUCAGGGAGAAUAUAUUGCGCCUGAAAAGAUUGAGAAUAUCUACAUCCGCAGUGAGCCUAUUGCCCAGAUAUAUGUGCAUGGAGACAGCUUACAGGCCUUCUUGGUGGGAAUUGUUGUACCUGAUUCUGAAGUCAUGCCAGGCUGGGCAAGGAAAAGAGGGUUUGAGGGAACAUAUGCAGAGCUCUGUAAAAAUACGGAACUGACGCAAGCAAUAAUGGAAGAUAUGGUGCGGCUAGGGAAGGAGGGUGGACUUCAUUCUUUUGAGCAGGUCAAAACCAUUUACAUCCACUCUGAUAUGUUCUCAAUACAAAAUGGCUUGCUGACACCAACACUAAAGGCUAGGAGACGAGAGCUAAGAGAUUACUUCAAAAAACAAAUAGAAGAGCUUUAUUCAAGUGUCUCCAUAUGA